AUGGAUGACGACAUCCUAGCCUCUGCUUGGUCUCCGGAUGGCGCAUACAUCCUCACUUUGACGUGUGGCGGAGACGUUUUCAUGGUUGACCCGGAGAACACGAAAAACCUCCAUUUCAAACGCCCUUCCCGCAUGGAAAACCUCAGACCUAUUCUACAUGCCAGGCUAUCGAUGCGCAUUUCCAACGGCCGCCUCUAUGCUCUGGUCAAGGUCUUUCGUGCCGCGCAGGAAUACGUCGAGGUUUGGGAUCUGAGCUCUGCAACAUACCAUCCGCGGUUUGGUGGGAACGUCCAAGGCAUCCCUAGACCCGACAUUAUGAUUUCCCAAGCCGUUCUGCGGCAUGACGAAGGUUGCGGCACACCCGCCGUCCUCGCCGUGACCUACACCGGCUCGCUCCUGGUCGACUCCGGGGCGGAGGAUGAACCCGCGGGUGAUCCGCUCACGACAUACACGCGGGACCUUCUAGCAGGGUUCAAGACGAUAGCCCUAUCCGAGGACGGGGAGCGCGCCUUGUGCGUCGCGGACGCCGAGCCGUCUGCGACCACCUGGUCGUGCUGCGUCGUGGAGACACGGACCGGAGGUUUUCUUUCAGAUAUCGUCGAAGGCGACUUCCCGGUGGGGAUCUUCUGGGAGAACGGCACCCACCGAGACGUGGGCCACAGGGGGGCGAAAUACCGUCGAUCGUGGUUCUGGGACACGCACAACGGGUGCCUCUACCGUCUCCUGCCGACGCUAGACACCAAACACGUGAGGAAGGUGGUGGUGUCGCGCGAUGGGUCGAGGGUGGUAUGGGCGGAUCAGGGUGGUGGAGUGCACUUUGGUCGGAACGAAGGCGACGUGAUUCGUGCUGAAUGA